AUGGGUAACACCAAGGGAAGAUUCGAUGAUAAGUAAGAAAUUCACAACAGUUCGUAGAGCUUUGCGGCUAGACUAACUGAGUCCUAGCUGAUUGUAAAUGAUCAUGAGGACGAUAAUAAGGAUAGUUUUUAAUAGUCGAGAAAUUUUAAGCUCUCCGGAUUCGAUUCCAGUCUCUACAAAGAAUGCAAUCAUUAUAAGAGAGAGGGUAAAUUUUAAGUGUAAUUAACUGAUUCAGGAUAAUUACUUUGCAAUAACUGCUAGAAUGGUGACUAUCAAGGCUAAGCAACAGGAAGAUUAAGGUGCACAUUAAACAGAGAAAGAGCUGCAGCAUUCGACAACGAUGAAAGGAAAAGAGUUUCUGAUAACAAAACAAAUAAGAAUUUAAGAGGAGUUAAUAAUAGCAAGCGGAAAAAGAUAUAGCCUCAUCUAGAGGACUUUGAUAUUGUUAGAGUUAUCGGCAAAGGCGGCUUUUCGACAGUAUUUCAAGUCAGAAGGAAAGAUGAUGGGGCUAUCUAUGCGAUGAAAUGUUUGAAAAAAUCUCAAAUUAAAAGGGAAAAUAAGGUCAGGCAUGUGAUGAAUGAACGCCAGAUUCUUCAGAAUGUGACUCAUCCCUUUAUAGUAAAAAUGAACUGGGCUUUCCAAUCUGUAAUAACUUUAUACUUUAUGAAUAAUUAGGAACACUAUUUGUUUAUUAUAUUGGAAUUUUGUGCAGGUGGAGAGAUAUUUUAUCAUAUGAAUAAAGUGCUAAGAUUCUCAGAGAAAGUUGCGAAAUUUUACUUUGCUGAAAUCGUUUUGGCUUUGGAAUAUUUGCACUCUUAAGGGAUCUUCUAUAGAGAUUUGAAGCCUGAAAACAUUUUACUAGACUAGGAAGGACAUGUUAAAUUAGCAGACUUUGGUAUAAGUCGAAUAAAUUUUCAAGAAAAAGAUAGAUCUACCUCAUUUUGUGGUAGUCCUGAGUAUAUGAGUCCCGAAAUGCUUAAGCCUGGAAGACUUCAUGGAAGGUCUGUGGAUUAUUAUGCCUUAGGGGCAUUGCUUUAUGAAAUGCUUACUGGGCUACCUCCUCACUUUUCCGAAAACAGAGAUGAAAUGUAUAGAAAGAUAAUACACAAUAAUGUUGAAUUUCCAAGAUAUCUCUCACCUAUGGCAAAAUCUAUCCUCCGAGGAUUAUUAAUGAAAAACCCUGAAUAAAGACUUGGUGCCAAAUAUGGCAUUCAAGAAAUCAAAGAUCAUCCAUUUUGUAUCGAUAUUAACUGGGAUGAUGCAAUUUAGAGAAAAUUAUUACCACCAAUCAGACCUUCAUAAAAAUAUUCAAACUUUGAUCCUGAAUACACAAGUUUACCAGUUAGAUUUACUUUCGAGGAAGAUUUUGUUAAGCCUAAUCAUACAAGGAGAAAGAGUGACCCAGGUCUUGAGUUAAAUUAUUCAAAAGAGAGGACUUCUGAUCCUUAAAGCUCUAGCAGAGCAGGGACUGGAAUGUAAUCUGUUUUUAAUUCAAUAGGUCAGGCUAUUGUCUAUCCUAGCUUUGUUCAUGAGAGAGCAUUAUAUGAAUCUUAGAAUAAUACUAAUAAAACACCAACUAGUUUUAAAGUAUCAUAGUAAAAAGGACCUUUUGGAGUUGGAGAUGAACUUAAUGGUGAAGGAUCUCCUCAGUAUAGCAGACCCCCAUCAUCAACUUUUAGAGGUUAUUCAUUUAUGAACUUCAGAAAUGACUCCAUUUCCUCAGUAGAGUAAAAUAACCUAUCUGACAAUGCUAAAUAGAGCUAACAGCAUUCACCGAAUACUUAAAAGGUAACUCAGAAUUAAUAAUAACUCCAUUCCUAAGUUCAAACACCUUAACUAAAUCAAUAAAAUUCAUAAACAUAGCAAAUAGGCUUCUUGAAUACUUAAAACUUGUAAAAUUCUUAGCAAAAGCACAUAGUUACCAAUAUUAAUCCUCAAAAUGGUCUCUUCAAUAUAAUAGAUGAGUAUCAAUUCACCUCUUCCUAAAGAAGUAGAUCAAUCAGCUUUGCAAAUUAAUCUAUACUAACUGAGGGGAUCGACUUAUAAAAAAAUGUUUAUUCAAUGAAUUUCAAAAGUUUUAACAGUUUCUUCAAUGAGAUUUAGUUCAAAGCUAAUGAGUAUGAAUUUAAUGCGUUUAAUCAUCAGUUUCCAAAGAAAUGGUAAAUGCCUGUGGCUUUUGUAAAUAAACUCAGACUUGACUAGAGAUAAUUACAAUAAAUUAUUGCAAAUCAAAACAUACUCCCUGCACCUGUAGCUUAACUAACAGAGGAAGUGAUUCUAUAAGAUGCACUCAAUAAUUUCGACUAUGUUGAUGAUGGUUAUCAGUGGCCUAUGAUUAUUAAGAACAUGCCUGACAUACUUGAAGUAGUUGAAACAGAAGGAAGGUAGUAUGAGUCUCCAAAAAAUAACUCUGUCAAUCAUUAGUUACUAAUGGAUUCAAAGAUCCUCAAUGAUACAUUCAUUAGAAUUAGCAAUGAUAGUAUUCAUGAAAAAGUAACCUCCAUCCUAUUAACUGAUAAAACUCAAAACCUAGACUAGUUUACUAAAAAUUUAAUCAGGUUUAAUGAUGAGAUUAAUAAUGUCAAAAGUGAGAGAAAAAGGAAGCCAGCCCCUAAAAUUAGACAUGAAAACUAAGAAAAUUAGGACUAAGAAGAGCAGUAAAAAAUUAUUCUAGACUAACUUGACAGGAGAAAAGGGGCAUAGAGUCUUUACACAAAUAUUAAUCCUCUUAACGUAGAAAAUAGAAUCAGAAUAGAAAGCAAUUAUACAACUAGAAGCGGUGAGAGGCUAACCGACAUAGCUGAAAUUGGAAGUGUAAGGUCAGGUGGAAAAUAUAUGAUAAACUCUCCUCCUAAGAAAGGUUAAGAAAGUUAAUUGAAAUUAAAGUAAAAAGCUGCAACAAUGUAUGGUCCUAAAGACUAAAAAGAUUUUUUAGGAAAAAGUGACUCUCUCAUAAAAUCACCGAUGAGUAAUGAAUCUCAUAAUAAGAUCUAAAAUACUAGGCAAUAAUUAUAGAAAAUAGGAAAUACACUUAUGUCCCCAAAGAUUAUAUCUAAUAAGCCAUAGCUCAUCUAAGAAAUUACACCUAAAUCUACAAUGUCAAAUACUAUGAAUCCAACUACAGCUUUGGUCUCCCCAAAAACAACUAUCAGAAAUUUGCAGUUUGGGGAUAAGAAGACAUCCACUCCUAUUAAUAACUCUAGCAAGCCUAAAUUUAAUAUAAACUAAAAUAAUAACAAUGUGAAAUCAAGAAAUACAGCCUCGAGUUAGCAUCUACAUCAUUCAGCGAAUAGUGUUUUAGCUGGCUAAAAUGCAACCUCAGACAAAAAGUUGGGUUCUAAUGCACUAAUGAGAAAAACAUAGCUUGAGUAAAUAGAUGAAUUCGAAAUGCUACCCAAAGAUUUGACAGGAAGUUUGCUGAAAUCUGCUUAAAAAAUGCCUCAACUUCACCAGUCUAAUACAUUAGAACUUCCAAAGCAAAGCAAAAGCAAGAUCACAAGACUAAGUUCUCCCAAAAAUGAUUAGAUCAUAACCUCUUAAAAAACAGCUCCGUUAUCUAAAAAUUCAGGAUAAAAGUAAACAGCUACCAACCAAGGAUAAAGCAGCGCAAAUAACAAAAGCAGAGUUAAAACAAAUUCUUAAUACGUUUCAAAUACCACAAAUGGUAGCACAUUCAAAGGCUUCUUUGCCACUCAUGAAUUUUAGAAAAAUUAAGACAAAUUUAUAGCUGCUCCAUAGAAACAGAGAAUGCCAAAGUCAUAAGAAAGAGAAGCUGCAACAACCAAUUCUGAUCACACUUUGGAUGAUGUGGAGGAUAAUGUUGAUGAGUUCGUUAUAAAUGAAAAUCAAAAUAUCUAAAGACUUAAGCAUCCAUCUCUCAUCACAUCAAUAGCCAUUAGCAGCAAUAAAUUUGAGCCUUUUAAAGAGUAUAGCUAAACAGUAAUAAGAGAUAGCACAUACUCUGCUUCAUCUUCGAUAAUAUCUCACUUGCCACCUUAAAAUUCAUUCCAUAAAACCCCUGACGAGUUGAGAAUGCAAGAAUUUAACAAAUAUAGCAAUUAGCAAAAUUGCCCCUAGCAUUUUCUCGGAGACUAGAGUUCCUUUGUUGAAGAUGGAGUCCCAUAAACUGAAAUUUAUGAUUCACCAAAGGGUUCUUCUAGCAAACUGCCAGGAUUGGGUGGUGAUUCAGAUUAAUUUAAGAAAAGAGCUAAUUAUGUUAAUUAUUCAAAUGCUGGAGGAUUCAGCAAUGCAAUUGCAAACACCAAAUCUGAAUAAAAUAGCAACUCUGUAGUAUUCUCACCAAAAACGAGCAGCAUUCAUUUGAAGAAAAAUAACCUAUAUCUAUAGAAUAGUACCUCAAUGGGAUAUAAUUAACAUCUAAGAGUUGAGAGUCCAAAGCCAAAUAGUAAUUAACAAAGAAAAUCAAAAGGUGACCCCGGCAGAUACUCAUUUUGGAACACUAAAAGAAGUGAUUAAAAGACUCCUUCAAGUACCAAUAUAGACAUCAAUCAGGAUGGAUAAUCAAUCAAGACUCCUCGAGGCUCAGAGUUUUAUAAUGCCUUUGAAGAAGAAAAGAAUAACCCAGGGGAGAGAGCCGAGACUGAGGUGAAAGUAAAUGAGGAGAAGAUGCUUCUGAGCAAGAGUGAGAGGAAGCUGAAUAAAAUAUCAAAAGGAACUAAGGGUUCUCAAAGUUCAUCAUAUAACACUAAGAACUAAAAUCUUUAAAUAAGACUUACCAUAUCCUAAGCUAACAAACAGCAGUAGAGUUAGCAGUAGUACCAACACUAAUGA